AUGAUUAUGAUUUUUUUCGAUGCACAAACAACAAAUUUUUUGUGACAUUUAAGGAAAAUUACAUUUUAUUAAGAAACAUGGAGUCUUUUGAAAAUAAUGACGGCAAUCGCGACGAAUUGAUUAUUCAACAACAGCGUGAAAUAGAAAAGAGGUGAAUUAGUGAUUCGACGCCUCUUGUCAGCGAACAGUUGCCGCUCACUUGUUUACGUGCCGAAUAUGAUGGCGAUGAUAUAUUCACCGCUAAGAUUCAAGAGUUGGCCAAAAAAUAUCAAUUCAUUCGACGAACUCGUCCCGACGGCAACUGUUUCUUCAGAGCAUUUGCAUAUUCAUAUUUGGAAUAUUUAAUCACCAAUAACAAUGCUUAUCAAGCAUUUAAGAAGCUUGCAGAGGCCUCUAAGGAAAAACUUGUUCAACUUGGCUUCCCAAGUUUCACAUUGGAGGACUUUCAUGACACUUUUAUGGAAGUUAUAACGCGUGUUAGUCCAGAUAAUCCCGAAGGAUCUGCAAAAGUUCAAAAUGAACUGCAUAAAAUAUUUAAUGAACAGGGCUAUUCAGAUUAUGUUGUAGUUUACCUCCGUUUAAUCACAUCAGGCAAGCUGCAGGAGGAUGCAGACUUUUAUCAAAAUUUUAUUGAAGGUGAUUUCUCCAUAGAAGAGUUUCGUCAUCAAGAAGUUGAACCGAUGUACAAGGAGUCAGAUCAUAUACAUAUCAUCGCACUUUGUACAGCGAUAGGGGUUGGAGUGCGUGUUGAAUACCUCGAUAGAGGCGAAGGCUCUCAAGUAAAAGCCCACGAUUUCCCUGAAGGAUCUGAGCCAACUGUUUAUCUUAUUUAUAGGCCAGGACACUAUGACAUAUUAUAUCCAAAUUUUAAUUGAGAAACAUCACAUUCAUAAAGAUAUAAAAAAAAAUAUAUAAGCAAUUAUAGUACAUAAUACUUUUUUAAACAACUCAUAACUUAUACUGCUCAUUUUAUAAAUUUCAGUCAAGUAUCCCAACAGCUAAAUAGUUCUAAAGGAUUUAAAAAUAGUCUUUUAAAAUUUAUUUUCAAAAUCUAUCAUUUAUCUAUGCAACAUAUUAAUGACUGCUGAAUUACUUUACUUAUUUGUUAUCAAAAACUAUUCUGUAUUUGUUACUAUAUAGGUAAUAAAAGUCGUUAAUCGUUUAAUAA